AUGGGUGAGCGCUACUACUUCUCACAAGGAGCCGGUCAGCAAAGACCAUCACAACCACAAUAUAACGUUUUCCAGCCACAAUUCGUGCAGACACCGAGACCAGUAGUGCCUAGACAACGCUAUCGUACUAUCCAGCACGAUCACCCCAUGUACGACGUAGUGGAAGAUGAUGAUUACGGGUACGACUCGUUUGAUGAGCGUACGCUCCAGCAACCGUACGACGACCGGCAGCGUCAGGCCAUACAAGGUCGAGCGCGGCUAUCUUUAGCCCCUACCUCUUCUAGGCUCUUCGGCAACGGAAUCAUGGAAACUGAACGAUCGCAGCCACAAAUUCAGCAAACGUACCAGGAGAUAUACGAUGACAGAAAUGAGCAAGUCUACCCUAAGAAUGCUGUUCGCGAGUCAUUCAAUCGAUUUGAAUACAACCCCAAUCAGCCUCUGGAGCCAAGUUCUGACAUCCCGUGUGGUGCCUCAUCAAGCCCCGCGUUAAAUGCUAGUAAACGGCGAACCGGACAGCAUGAGUUUAACACAUCCCAACAGGCUUCACAACAUCGCCGUUUCGAAGCCACACCGCCUCAGUCUAUGGUGAAUUUGAGAGAAGAUGCUAGGUCCCCUUUUGAAGACGGGGGUUUUUGUUCAGGGCCACCACGACAGGACAUCGGCCGUCCGUUCCAGCAGGUCACAAACACAAGGUCAAAGCCUACUUCGGUCAACAUAACACAUUCGCCGCCGAUCGUGCAAGACAUUCCACUUGUACCUAUCUCGGAUCUUCCAGAUCGCCUCCGGACAGUUUUCCCGUUUCCUACGUUCAAUGCUAUACAGUCCAAAUGUUUUGACCGAGUUUUCAAAUCAAACGACAACUUCGUCCUCGCGUCGCCUACCGGCAGCGGGAAGACGGCAAUCCUGGAACUUGCUGUCUGCCGAGCUGUCGCUACAAACACAACAGGCCAGUACAAAGUCGUUUAUCAGGCCCCUACAAAGGCGCUUUGUUCUGAAAGACAACGAGAUUGGGACCAGAAGUUCACUCAGAUUGGUCUGAAGUGUGCCGGGCUUACCGGGGAUAGCGAUGCUUCUGACCUUCGCAACGUUCAGAGCGCAAACAUUAUCAUUACCACACCCGAGAAAUGGGACAGCAUGACCAGGAAGUGGAAGGACCACGAGAAGUUGAUGAAGCUCAUUAAGCUGUUCCUCAUUGAUGAGGUCCAUAUCUUGAAGGAAGAUCGCGGCGCUGUCCUCGAGGUCGUAGUGUCGCGGAUGAAGUCUAUCGGGACCGAUGUUCGUUUUGUGGCACUGUCGGCGACCAUUCCUAACUUUCACGAUGUGGCGUCUUGGUUAGGGAAGAACUCGGCGGAACCGCAUAUCCCUGCCCCAAAGGAGAAGUUUGGAGAAGAAUUUCGCCCAGUCAAGCUGACAAGAUAUGUCUGUGGAUACGUAUGCCACAACAAUAACGACUUCGCUUUCGAGAAGCAACUCGAUACCAGACUGCCAGAGAUCAUCACCAAAUAUUCAGAACGAAAGCCGAUGAUGGUUUUCUGUGCUACGAGAAACUCUACUGUCAACACUGCAAAGCUCAUAGCAAAUUGGUGGGCCUCAAGAAGCGGAUACGACCGUCUUUGGAACCCUCCAGCACAAGCUCCACGCCUCCACAACAAAGACCUGCGCGAGCUGGUUGCUUCAGGCGUGGCUUUCCAUCAUGCUGGUCUUGACCCUGACGACCGUACGGAGGUAGAGAAGGGUUUCCUGCAGGGUGACAUCAAUGUGAUUUGCUGUACGUCAACAUUGGCCGUUGGAGUUAACCUGCCAUGUCACCUUGUCAUUGUCAAAAAUACGAUGUUAUGGACCCAAGAUGGAAUGCAGGAGUACUCUGAUCUUGAAAUGAUGCAGAUGCUCGGCCGUGCUGGUCGACCCCAGUUCGACGACAGCGCAAUCGCAGUCAUCAUGACUCGACAAACCAAGGUCCGAAGGUAUGAAACACUAGUCACUGGCGAAGAGGUUCUCGAGAGCAAACUGCACCUUAAUCUAAUUGACCACAUGAAUGCCGAGAUUGUUCUUGGAACAAUUCGGGAUCUGAACUCGGCUAGAAAGUGGCUCAUGGGCACCUUCCUCUACGUCCGGCUCCAGCAAAAUCCAACCUACUACAAGCUUGAGGGCUCACGGAGUGGUCAGGGCAUCCAAGAACAGGUUGACGACAUCUGCUUUCGCGACAUUGCUCUACUGCGAGAGUAUAACCUUGCUAUAGGUGAACAACACUUCCGAUGCACCGAGUACGGCCGCGCUAUGGCACGCUACUACGUUCACUUUGAAACGAUGAAAUUGUUCGUCGACCUCCAACCUAAAUCGACGUUAUCGGAAAUUCUUUCUGUAAUAGCUCAAGCUAGUGAGUUCUCGAAGGUGCGCUUUCGUCAAGGCGAAAAGAGCCUUUACAAGGGUCUGAACAAGUCACCGUCUGUUCGCUUUCCGAUACCGGUCAAUCUAGAUUCACCAGCUCAGAAAGUGUCGCUCAUUAUCCAGUCCGUACUGGGUUCGGCAGAGAUGUCGUGGGACGGUGAAGUAGGCAAGCACAGACAACAGUACCUGCAAGAAGUGGCAAUGGUAUUCAAGUCCACCAGCAGUCUGAUCAGGUGCAUUAUAGACUGUCAGAUAUGCUCUGGAGAUUCAGUGGGCAUACACAGUGCACUAAUGCUGGAGCGCUCUCUAGGAUCAAGAGCCUGGGAUGACAGUCCCUUGCAAAUGAUUCAAGUUCCUACUAUUGGCCCUGUAUCGGUUCGAAAGCUUGUCAAUGCUGGUAUUCGAGGCAUCGAAGAUCUUGAAGCUACCGAUGCGCGACGAAUCGAGACAAUCGUCGGAAGGAACCCGCCUUUUGGUCUUACAGUCUUGAACGCCUUGAAGUCAUUCCCGAAGCUCCGCGUGUCGCUCCAUAUCCAGCCAUCAUCUGUAACAAAAGCACCAGAAGGUGUAAAUAUCCAAGUCAAGGCCGACAUUGGAUUCAUCAAUGAGAAGCCCCCGGACAAGUUUGCAAACAAACUUAUCUAUGUAUGUCUGCUGGCAGAAACGUCUGAUGGACGUAAAAUACAUUUCGCUCGAAUCAAUGGCCCUAAGCUCGGCCUUGGACAGAGCCUAGUGUUUCCAGCGUUCUUGACAAGUCCAGACCAGAAGAUCAAUUGCUAUCUCAUGUGUGAAGGCAUUGGUGAGUGA